CGGGCGGGAGCUGCGGGACUGCGGGAGCGGCGGGGCCGGGGCCGGGGCCGGGGACGCCGCCCCGGGCAGGUGCCCACCGGACCCCCCAGCCAUGCUGUAGCCCCCCCCCAGGGGCCACCCAUGCGGUUGUGAGAGGACGGGGGUGGCCGGGCCCCCCAGGGCCCCCCCAGGGCCCCCCAACCCGCUGCGGAGCCACCCUAGGCGCCAUGACCCGCCCGGACGCCGAGGGCCGCCCAGGUCCCAAGGGCCGCCUAGAGACUAAGGCCACCGAGGGCUCCGUGGCCACCGAGGGCUCCGUGGCCAACCGAGUCUUCGUUGCGGCCAACCGAGUCUUCGUGGCCAUCCUGGGCUCCCAGGACCACCUAGAGACUAAGGCCCACCUGGCCCUCAUGGCCAACCAGGCCUUCGUGGCCAACCGAGGCUCCCAGGACCACCUAGAGACUAAGGCCCGCCAGGCCUUCGUGGCCAACCAGGCCUUCGUGGCCAACCAGGCCUUCGUGGCCAACCGAGGCUCCCAGGACCACCUAGAGACUAAGGCCCGCCAGGCCCUCAUGGCCAACCAGGCCUUUGUGGCCAACCAGGCCUUCGUGGCCAACCAAGGCUCCCGGGACCACCUCGGGACCACCGUCCGUGACGGCUCCGUGGCCCGGUUAGAGCUGAAGGCCUGCCAAGGCGCCCCGGCCAACCAAGGCUCCGAGGACCCUCUAGAGCCCAAGGUCAGCCGAGGCCCAACAGCCUGCCCAGACGUGAAGGGCCGCGGCGGCGCGACGGCCAACCCGGGCUCCGAGACGCCUCUGGAGGCCCAGGUCCGCCAAAGCCCCGAGGCCCCUUCGGAGCCGCAGCUCCACGACAGCACGGCGGCCGACCCGGGCUCCGCCGCCCAUCGGGAGACCAAGGUCAACCAAGGCCCCGUGGCCCGGCUGCUUCCCGGGGACCCACGAGACUCCGCGGCCUGCCAAGCCUCCGAGGACCACCUAGAGGUCAAGGUCAACCAAAGCCCCACGGCCCGUUUGGAGACCAAGGUCAGCCAAGGCCCCGCGGCCCGUCUAGACUCGAAGGUCCGCCGAGACUCUGCGGCCGACCGGGCCCCGCCGCCCCGGCCGCGCCGCCGUGUCCCCCUGGGCGCCCACCUGGGCUUGGUGCUGCUGGCCUGGGGGUCCCUGCUGCCCCACGGGGCCUCGGGGGCGGCGCUGGAGUUCGGGGGCGCGCCGGGCCAGUGGGCGCGCUACGGGCGGUGGGCGCCGGGGGCCGGCGGCCAGCUGAGCUUCAGCUUGAAGACCAACGUCUCCCGCGCGUUGCUGCUCUACCUGGACGACGGCGGCAACUGUGACUUCUUGGAGCUGCUGGUGGCCGAGGGGCGCCUGCGCCUUCGCUUCGCCAUCGCCUGCGCCGAACCCGCCACGGUGCAGCCGCCGGCGGCGGUGAGCGACGGCCGUUGGCACAUGGUGCUCCUCACCCGUAACGCCCGCGAAACCGCCUUGGCCGUGGACGGGGAGGCGCGGGCGGCCGCCGUCCGCUCCAAGCGGGCCGAGAUGGCGGUGGCCAGCGACCUCUUCGUAGGCGGGAUCCCGCCCGACGUCCGCCUCUCGGCCCUGACCCUCAGCACCGUCAAGUACGAGGCGCCCUUCCGGGGCUGGUUGGCCAACCUCAAGGUCGGGGACGCGCCGGCGGCGCUGUUGGGCGCCCAGGGGGUGCGGGGCGAGGGGGAGGAGCGUUGCGCCCGUCACCCGCCCUGCGCCCACGGCGGCCGCUGCACCCUGCGCCGCGGAGAGCCCCGCUGCGACUGCGCCGGCACCGGCUACCGCGGGCCCUUCUGCGCCGAAGAGGAAGAACCUGCGGUGGAAGGUCCCGCCCACCUGCGAGUCACCGGCCAAGGGCCUGCCGAGGUCGCCGAGGGGGGGCCCGGCCGCGGCGCCGGCGAGAUCCAGCAAGGGGGCAAAGGCCGCGAGGAGUACGUGGCCACCUUCAAAGGCAACGAGUUCUUCUGCUAUGACCUGUCGCACAACCCGAUCCAGAGCAGCACGGACGAGCUGACGCUGUCGUUCCGCACGCUGCAGCGCAACGGGCUGCUGCUGCACACGGGCAAGUCGGCCGACUACGUCAACCUGUCGCUCAAGAGCGGCGCCGUCUGGCUCGUCAUCAACCUGGGCUCCGGCGCCUUCGAGGCGCUCGUCGAGCCCGUCAACGGCAAGUUCAACGACAACGACUGGCACGACAUCCGUGUCACCCGCAACCUGCGACAGCACGCAGGGAUCGGACACGCUAUGGUGACGAUCUCCGUGGACGGGAUCCUGACCACGACGGGGUACACGCAGGAGGACUACACCAUGCUGGGCUCCGACGACUUCUUCUACGUGGGGGGGUCCCCCAACACCGCCGACCUGCCCGGCUCCCCCGUCAGCAACAACUUCAUGGGCUGCCUCAAGGACGUGGUCUACAAGAACAACGACUUCAAGCUGGAGCUGUCGCGCCUGGCGCAGGAGGGCGACGGGCGGGUGACGCUGCACGGGGGGCUCCUCUUCGGCUGCGAGGCCGUGGCCGCGCUGGAGCCCGUCACCCUCGGGACGCCGCAGGCCUUCGUGGCGCUGCCGGCCUGGCACGCGGCGCGCGCCGGCUCCGUCUCCUUCGACUUCCGAACCACCGAGGCCAACGGGCUGCUGCUCUUCGCCCAGGGGCGGCCGCGGGGGCCCGGCCGCCCCCGCCCCGACUACUUCGCGCUGGAGCUGCUGGACGGGCACCUCUACCUGCUGCUGGACAUGGGCUCGGGCGGCAUCAAGGUGCGCGCCAGCGCCCGCAAGGUCACCGACGGCGAGUGGUGCCACGUCGACGUGCAGCGCGACGGCAGGAGAGGCUCGGUGUCGGUGAACAGCCGCAGCACCCCGUUCCUGGCGAGCGGCGAGAGCGAGGUGCUGGACCUGGACUCGGAGCUUUACCUGGGGGGUCUCCCCGAGGGGCGGCCGGGCCCCCCGCUGCCCCCCGAGCUCUGGACGGCCUUUCUGCGCUACGGCUACGUGGGCUGCGUCCGCGACCUCUUCGUCAACGGGCGCAGCCAGGACGUGCGGCGGCUGGCGGAGGAGCAGGCGGCCCCGGGGGUCACCCCGUUCUGCGCCCGCGAGCCCCCCCGGCACUGCGCCAGCGGGCCCUGCCGCAACGGGGGGCUCUGCCGCGAGGGCUGGAACCGCUUCAUCUGCGACUGCCUCGGCACCGGCUACCUGGGACCCCGCUGCGAGACCGAGGCGGCCGUGCUGAGCUACGACGGCAGCAUGUACCUGAAGGUCGCGGUGCCGGGGGCGGCGCAGACGGAGGCGGAGGACGUGGCCCUGCGCUUCAUGUCCCCCCGCGCCUACGGGCUCGUCCUGGCCACCACCUCCCGCCAGUCGGCCGACACCCUGCGCCUCGAGCUCGACGGGGGGCGCAUGAAGCUCACCGUCAACCUGGACUGCGUGCGCGUGGGCUGCCACCCCAGCAAGGGCCCCGAGACGCUCUUUGCGGGGCAGAGGCUGGACGACAACGAGUGGCACUUGGUGCGGGUGCUGCGGCGCGGGCGCAGCCUCCGCCUCUCCGUCGACAACGUCACCGUGGAAGGGCAGAUGUCGGGCGCCCACACGCGCCUGGAGUUCCACAACAUCGAGACGGGCAUCGUGACGGAGCGGCGCUUCCUGGCCGUGGUGCCCUCCAACUUCCUGGGCCACCUCAGCGGGCUCCUCUUCAACGGGCUGCCCUACCUGGACCUCUGCAAGAACGGGGACAUCAGCUCCUGCGAGCUCAACGCCCGCUUCGGCCGCCGCACCAUCGUGGCCGACCCGGUGGCCUUCCGCGGGCGCGGCUCCUACGUGGCGCUGGCCACGCUCCAGGCGUACGCCUCCAUGCACCUCUUCUUCCAGUUCAAGACCACGGCGCCCGACGGCCUCAUCCUCUUCAACAGCGGCAACGGCAACGACUUCCUCGUCGUCGAGCUCGUUAAGGGGUACAUCCACUACGUGUUCGACCUGGGGGACGGCCCCUCCCUCAUGAAGGGCAACUCGGAGCAGCCGCUGCACGACGGGCGCUGGCACGAGGUGUCGGUGGCCCGCGAGGGGGGGGACCUGCACGGGCUGCGGGUGGACGGGCGCCCCGUCACCCAGCACGGCCAGGGCGCCCGCAACCUCGACCUCAAGGGGGAGCUGUACAUCGGGGGCGUCAGCAAGGGGCUGCUGGGGCGGCUGCCCAAGCUGGUGGCCUCGCGGGGGGGCUUCCAGGGCUGCCUGGCCUCCCUCGACCUCAACGGGCGCCUGCCCGACCUGCUGGCGGACGCCCUGCACCGGGUGGGCCACGUCCAGCGCGGCUGCGACGGCCCGAGCACGACGUGCACGGAGGAGUCGUGCGCCAACCAGGGCGUCUGCCUGCAGCAGUGGGACGGUUUCACGUGCGACUGCACCAUGACCUCGUACGGGGGCCCCGUCUGCAACGACCCGGGCACCACCUACAUCUUCGGGAAGGGGGGGGCGCUGAUCACCUACACGUGGCCCCCCAACGACCGGCCCAGCACCCGCGCCGACCGCCUGGCCCUGGGCUUCAGCACCCACCAGCGUGACGCCGUCCUGCUGCGGGUGGAGAGCGCGGCCGGCCUGGGGGACUUCCUGCAGCUCCACAUCGCGCAGGGGGCCGUGGGGGUGCUGUUCAACGUGGGGACGGAGGACAUCGCGCUGGAGGAGCGGGGGGCGGCCGUCAGCGACGGGCGCUUCCACGUCGUCCGCUUCACGCGCAGCGGCGGCAACGCCACCCUCCAGGUGGACGGCGGCCCCCUGCACGAGCGCUACCCCCCAGGCAGCGGGGACGGCGAGCGGCUGGCGCUGGCGCGGCAGCGCAUCCCCUAUCGCCUGGGGCGGGUGGUCGAUGAGUGGCUGCUCGACAAAGGCCGCCAGCUCACCAUCUUCAACAGCCAGGCGGCCGUGCGGGUGGGGGGCCGGGACCGCGGCCGCCCCUUCCAGGGGCAGCUCUCGGGGCUCUACUACAACGGGCUGAAGCUGCUGGCGCUGGCGGCCGAGGGGCACCCGCGGGUGCGGCUGGAGGGGGACCUGCGCCUGGUGGGGGAGCCCCCCCCGCCCCCCGCCCCGCCCGGCGCCACCCCCGCCCCCCCCGACAUGGCCACCACCAUCAUGGAGACCACCACCACCAUGGCCACCACCACCACCCGCCGCGGGCGGUCGCCCACCCUCCGCGACACCGUCGCGCAGAACACGGACGACCUGCUGGUGGCCUCGGCCGAGUGCCCGAGCGACGACGAGGACCUGGAGGAGUGUGAGCCCGGCACAGGCGGCGAGCUGGUGCUGCCGGCGUCCCCGGCGGGCGGCGUCCCCGCCUCCCCCCCGCCGCCCCCCCCCGCCUCCCCCCGCGCCCCCCCGGCCUGCGGCCCCGACUGCGAGGAGCCCUCGGGCUUCGCCUCGGGGGAGGCCGCCGACCCCAACCUGCCGCCGGCCGACGACGAGGACUUCGCGGGUCACGGCGGUGACACCAUCACCGCCUCCCGCCGCGACCGCGACCGCGACGACGACGACGACGCGGCGGCCGAGCCGGCGGUGACCGACGCCGGCCACGAGGCCGUCACCGUCCCCACCGUCGUGGCCGUCCCGCUGCCGGGCCUGGUGCCGGCGGGCGAGCGGCACCCGCGGGAGGGGGCGGCGGGGCGCGGGCGGGUGACGGCCGCCCCGGUCACCCGCCGCCCCGCUGUCCCCACAGCCGCCGCGCCGGGGGCCGUGGAGGUGGUGCGCGAGGCGGGCGGCACCACCGGCAUGGUGGUGGGCAUCGUGGCCGCCGCCGCCCUCUGCAUCCUCAUCCUCCUCUACGCCAUGUACAAGUACCGCAACAGGGACGAAGGCUCCUACCAGGUUGACCAGAGCCGCCAUUACAUCGGGGCGGCCGCCCCCGCCGCCCCCGCCGCCGCCCCCGGGGGGGUCCCCGGCGCCGCCGCCGCCCCCCCCGGCGGGGGGACCCCCAAGGAGAAGCUGCCCCCCGCCCCCCCCAAGGCGCCCGGCAAGGCCCGACGCAACAAGGACAAGGAGUACUAUGUCUGAGGGGGAGGGGGGGGCCCCCCCCCGAACCGGGCCGCCCCCCCGGGGGGGGGGCCACCGCCGCCGGCAGCCGCCCCUCCCCCCGCGGGUGGCACCUCUGUGGUCGCGCGCGCGCGCGUGUCUGUCGUGUGUCCCCUCCCCCCCCCCCCCGAGCGAUACAGAAAGGAACAGGGGGCGCGGGGUGGGGGGGGUCCCCGCGCGCCCCGGGGGGGGGCUCCGGAGGGGCCGAGGGGGGACACGCGGGACCCCCCCGCCCCGCCCCGCCCCCCACCCCUUUUAAUUGGGUUUUUUACCGCCCCGCCCCUCCCCCCCCGGGUCUUUCUUUGGGUUCAGUUCGGUUCUUUUUUUUUUUUAAUUUCUCAGCCCCGGCGGGGGGUUGGGACCCCCCGGGCACCCCGCACCCCCCCGCCCCCCUCGGGGGUCCCCCCCCAGCCCCCGCCCCCCGGAGACCCCCGGGCCCCCCCGGCCCCCCC